AUGACUAUCUCUAAAAUUCACGCUAGAUCUGUCUACGACUCCCGUGGUAACCCUACCGUUGAGGUAGAAAUCACCACCGAGAAGGGUCUGUUCAGAUCCAUAGUCCCAUCAGGAGCUUCUACCGGUGCCCACGAGGCCAAUGAAUUGCGUGAUGGUGAUAAGUCCAAGUGGAUGGGCAAAGGUGUUUUGACCGCUGUUGCCAAUGUCAACAACAUCAUCGCCCCAGCUUUGAUCAAGUCAAACGUGGACGUCAAAGACCAAUCCGCCGUUGACGAACUUUUGUUGUCCUUAGAUGGGACCCCGAACAAAACAAAGUUAGGUGCCAAUGCCAUUUUGGGUGUCUCUUUGGCCGCUUCUAAGGCCGCCGCAGCGGAAAAAAAUGUUCCCUUGUACAAGCACUUGGCAGAAAUCUCAGGAGCCAAGUCUGAUUCAUUCGUUUUGCCAGUUCCUUGCUUGAACGUAUUGAACGGUGGGUCUCAUGCGGGUGGUGCUUUGGCACUCCAGGAGUUCAUGGUUGUCCCGACUGGCGCUGACUCCUUCUCUGAGGCCUUAAGAAUUGGCUCGGAAGUAUACCACAACUUGAAAUCUCUGGCAAAGAAGAAAUAUGGUUCUUCCGCUGGAAACGUUGGGGACGAGGGUGGUGUUGCACCAAACCUUCAGACCGCCGAAGAGGCUCUAGAUUUGAUUGUUGAGGCUAUUAAGGUCGCUGGGCACGAAGGUAAGGUCAACAUCGCUUUGGAUCCUGCCUCCUCUGAGUUCUACAAAGACGGUAAAUAUGACUUGGACUUUAAAAACCCAAACUCGGACAAAUCCAAGUGGUUGACCGGUGUUCAAUUAGCCGACAUGUACGCCUCUCUGGUCAAGAAAUACCCAAUUAUUUCUAUCGAGGAUCCGUUUGCCGAAGAUGACUGGGAGGCCUGGUCUCACUACUUCAAGACCGCUGGUGUUCAAAUUGUUGCCGACGACUUGACCGUCACAAACCGUAUACGGAUCAAGACUGCCAUCGAAAAGAAGGCCGCCGACGCCUUGUUGUUGAAGGUCAACCAGAUUGGUACUUUGACUGAAUCAAUCCAGGCUGCCAAUGACGCCUACGCCGCUGGCUGGGGUGUGAAAGUGUCCCACAGAUCUGGCGAGACCGAAGACACUUUCAUCGCUGACUUGGUUGUCGGAUUGAGAUGUGGCCAAAUCAAGACCGGUGCUCCAGCCAGGUCCGAAAGGUUGGCUAAGCUGAACCAAUUACUUAGGAUCGAAGAAGAGUUGGGACCCAAGGCUAUUUUUGCUGGUAAUAACUUUCACAGCGGUCAAAAGCUGUAA